UCCUGGUGCUGGACAUGCCUGCAGAGGUGACGAUUCAUUUUUUUUACUCCUAGAAUAGCAGCUAGGCAGGUGACAAGUCUCCAUAGCCUCUAUAGCAAAUCCCGAAGCCAUGUCCAAAUGUAGAUAGCGUACGCAGCCGCAAACAGUCGCAAACAGUCGCAAACAGUUGCAAACAGUCACGAACAGUCGGAAGCAGUUGCGAACAUUUGUAAAUCUGUAGGAUCUGAUGGAGGUCGGUCUUAGACCCAUGACGCUUAGACUAGGCAGUAGUCCGCCAAAUUCUCUGCAUUCCUCGUCUUGGAACAGACGCCUUUCAGAAGACAGAACCGUUACCUCCGCGGAGAGAUUCAGGCGAUUUAAACAGAAGGAUCGAUAUAGUUAUGACAGAAAACCUAUACUAGUCCAUGGUGUUUGGAGAAUACCUGAAAGUGAUGGUUUUCGGGAUUCGGGGCGAGACGUCUCAGUAGCUGCUUCAGGGAAUCAGUGGCUUCCGGGGGGGAGACGGCAGCAGCAGCGGUGGCAGGAGCGACAGCAGCUGCUGCAGCAACAGCAACAAUUACAGCAGCACCGGCAAGAGCAACAACAACAACAGCAGCAGCAGUCACUGCAGCGACAGCCGUUACAGCAGCAGGAGCAGCAACAGAGUUGGCAACAGCAACAAGAGCAAGCACUACAACAGCAGAACUGGCGGCAGCAAGAUCAGCAGCAGCAGAGAGUUAUGCAGCAGCAUCAGCAGCAGCAGCAGCACCAGCACAAUUGGAACGAGGAGACGACGAAGCUGAGAGGAAAUCGUCUAGAGGAGGAAGGGUACCAAGGAAGGAUAGGAAAGGACUGGUCAGGGGAGAGAGGGAGGAGUAUGGAAGAGGCAGAGGAGGGGGGAGGGAAUGGGGGAAGGGCGAGGAGGGAUUGGCUGGAGGAGACGGGGAAGAGCCGAGGGCAAUUGGAGGCUCGAGGCGUGACGUGUCUGUACAUCAAGAGGAGCAUCCGGCAGUUCGAGGAGAUCAGCUAUGAUGGCACCGUCAUUGUAUACGGAGACGUUAGCCCUGGAGCCGUGGUGCGAGCAGGGGGCGACGUGAUUGUGCUAGGGCGGUUAGCAGGCAAGGUGCAUGCGGGGAGCGGUGGCAACAGGCGGAGCAUUGUGUUUGCUCUGGCCAUGGACCCCAGUGUUGUGGCGAUCGCCAGUGAGGUGGUGUCGGGAGCACAGGGGAAGGCGGAGGCCCACCCAGAAGUCGCUUCUAUCGAUCAGUCCGGGCAUAUAUGCAUAGAGCCAGCGAGCCCCAACCAGCGCCAGCAGCAGGUGAAUGGGCAGGGCAAGGCGGAUCCAGUGAUGGCGCAUCUGGCCAGCACUCACUUGAUGGACGUCAGAUGGCACGUGGAGCCGCCCUCAGCUGCUGCUACUGUGGCUGGAGCUGGGGCUGGGAAGCAGCUCUCGCGCACUGCCAUUGCCUCGCUGGUGACUGGGACGUACAUCUGUGUGGCUGGUGCCUUGGCUCUAGCGUUUCCCACCUUCACAUUUGGUUUAUUGUUUGGCCGUGAUGUGUUGACACCUGGAUGGAUCCGUGUACUGGGGACUCUCGCUGUGGUGUUUGGCAUCUAUUACCUGGGUGCUGCCAGGGGUGAAAGAAAUGGUUCAGGGGUGCGAGGCUUCUAUGAGGCAACUGUUGUUGGCCGAAUUUUUCUUUUCUUCAGUUUCUGUGCACUUGUGGCAUCUGGCUCAGUUCCAGCUAUGAUUUUGUUGCUUGGAGUGGUGAAUCUGCUUGGAGCAUUAUCAAUGGCCUUUAGUCUGCAGCGAUGAAGAGAAUUAGGUGAAACGUUUGAUUCGCUCUUGGAUCACAGGGAGGCUGCUCUUCACACUCCUGGUUUAGAUUUUGCUGUCAUGCCCUUUCCACCAAUGGUUUGUGCUGUAUGGACAGAAGUAUCAUCGAAGGCAAUAAAGCUUCAUGCACAGU